CCCUUUGUGCGUGUAAGUUAAUGAAGGACCUGUGUGCACUACUCCACAUAUGGGCUCUGAGGACGUCAGUAUACCACCCGCAGACGGAUGGCCUCGUCCAGCGGUUCAAUCGCACCUUCAAGGACAUGAUCCGGAAGGUAGUGAGUCGGGACAGGAGAGAUUGGGAUUACCUACUCCCAUGCCUCAUGUUUGCCAUUCGAGAAGUACCACAGGCAUCCACAGGUUUUUCCCCAUUUGAACUGCUAUGUGGGCAAAACCCCCGGGGCCUUCUAGACCUUUGCCAAAGAGACCUGGGAGGAGCAGACAAACCAUGGACACAAUAUUGUAGAGCACGUCCUGCAGAUGAAGGACAGGAUCGCGCGGAUAACCCCCAUUGUAAGAGAGCACCUAGAAAAAGCCCAGCAGGCCCAGCAAACCUACUACAACCGUCAGGCAAUGGUCCGGAAAUUCCAGCUGAAGCUUGAGGAUCGCUCCGUGGUCCCUCGGGAUGUGGUCAGACACAUGAGCUCAAACGACAGCCAGUGCGGGACUGUAAUAGAUGUAAACAUAGAGUGUGCUGUGAAGCUGGUAGGAACCAACUGUAUCCUCUAUCCUGUCAACAGCAAAGACCUACAGCAUAUCUGGCCAUUUAUGUAUGGCGACUAUAUAGCCUAUGACUGUUGGCUGGGGAAGGUCUAUGACUUAAAGAACCAAGUCAUCCUGAAGCUCUCCAAUGGAGCCAGGUGUUCUAUGAGCACAGAAGAUGGAGCAAAGCUCUAUGAUGUCUGCCCUCAUGUCAGUGACUCGGGCCUUUUCUUUGAUGACUCGUAUGGUUUUUAUCCUGGACAAGUCCUCAUUGGUCCCUCAAAAGUCUUCUCCAGUGUGCAGUGGCUUUCAGGUGUGAAGCCUGUCCUGAGUACAAAAAGCAAGUUCAGAGUGGUUGUGGAAGAGGUACAAGUGGUGGAACUAAAGGUUACUUGGAUCACUAAAAGUUUCUGUCCUGGAGGUACUGACAGUGUAAGUCCCCCACCUUCAGUAAUCACGCAGGAGAACUUAUCCAGAGUAAAACGUCUUGGGUGCUUCGACCAUGCACAGAGGCAGCUUGGGGAAAGAUGCCUCUACGUAUUUCCUGCCAAAGUGGAACCUGCAAAAAUCACUUGUGAAUGCCCAGAGAGAAACUGUGUUCUGGGGGAAGGAUCAGUCGCCAAGAAGGUGAGGAGAUUGCUAAAAAAGCAGAUUGUGAAGAUCAUGUCAUGCACACCAGACUCUCAGGGUACCAGUGAACUGCCCGAUGGAGAGUCCGCUACAGCUGCUGACCAAAAAUUGGAAGAGCUUAAAACCAGAGCCAGAUGUGAACUAGAGGACUCUGCCAAUGGCACGCUAAGCCUGGGGGAGACAAAAGAGGAGCAGCCUGAAGAAAUGAGAAAAGAGACUUCCUGCGAAGCAGCUGAGCGACGACAGCAACCCCCCUUUCUACUGAAAGAUGAUGGGUCGUCUGACUACAGGCUCCAGUCAAUGGAACAGGAUGCUGAUGACGAGGCAGCUGAUGACACAGAUGACACCAGUUCUGUGACUUCUUCAGCUAGUUCCACUGCCUCUUCCCAGAGUGGCAGCGGCAUUGGGCGCAAGAAGAGUAUUCCCCUCUCCAUCAAAAACUUGAAGCGGAAGCACAAGAAGAAGAAAACAAAGAUUUCCAGGGAGUUUAAGCCAGGAGACAGAGUUGCAGUAGAAGUGGUGACCACAAUGACGUCGGCAGAUGUGAUGUGGCAGGAUGGCACGGUGGAGACCAACAUUCGUUCCAAUGAGUUGUUUCCAGUCCACCAUCUGGAUAACAAUGAGUUUUGCCCUGGGGACUUUGUGGUGGACAAAAGAGCUCAGACCUCGCAGGACCCUGCAGUGUACGGAGUGGUGCAGUCAGGCGACCACAUCGGCCGCACGUGUGUGGUAAAGUGGUUCAAGCUGAAGACCACUGGAGAUGACGUUGAGCUGAUCGGGGAGGAGGAAGACGUGAGUGUGUACGAUAUUGCCGAUCAUCCCGACUUUCGCUUCCGCACCACCGACAUUGUGAUUCGCAUUGGCAAUGCUGAGGAUGGAGCUGUGGCCAAGGAAGAUGAGCCCUCCGUAGGUCAGGUGGCUCGUGUUGAUGUCAGCAGCAAAGUGGAGGUAGUCUGGGCUGAUAACUCCAAGACCAUUAUUCUGCCUCAGCACUUGUACAAUAUAGAAUCGGAGAUCGAAGAAUCUGACUAUGACUCUGUAGAUGGCAGCACUAGUGGGGCAUCCUCUGAUGAAUGGGAGGACGAGAGCGAUAGCUGGGAGACGGACAAUGGCCUUAUGGACGACGACCAUCCGAGAAUAGAAGAGCCGGAGCCUGAGGAGCCUGUCGCGGAAGAGGUGAAAAAGGUAGAAGAACAAGUGCAGGGUGCAGUGGCCAUGGCAGUUGCUGAUCUAACUAUGGAGAAAGCUGGGAAAGAGGGAGCACCCAAGAGUUUCCGGGAGCUGAAGGAGGCCAUCAAGAUCUUAGAAAGCCUGAAAAAUAUGACUGUGGAGCAGCUCCUGACUGGCUCUCCCACCUCGCCAACAGUAGAGCCCGAAAAGCCCACCCGGGAAAAGAAGUUCUUGGACGACAUCAAAAAGCUUCAGGAGAAUCUGAAGAAGACCCUGGAUAAUGUGGCCAUAGUGGAGGAGGAGAAGAUGGAAGCUAUGGUGGAGACGGAGAAGAAAGAAGAAAAAGCUGAGGUGCAGACACCGGUGAGGUCGGAGUGGCCUAGUGAGACCCCCGUGCUCUGCCAGCAGAGUGGAGGCAAGCCUGGAGUCACCUUCACAAGUGCCAAGGGGGAGGUCUUCUCUGUGCUGGAGUAUGCCCCAGAUACCCACGCCUUUAAGAAAAUGGAGUUCCAGCCGCCUGAAGCCAAGAAGUUCUUCAGCACCGUGAGGAAAGAGAUGGCGCUGCUGGCGACCUCUCUGCCCGAUGGCAUCAUGGUCAAGACAUUUGAAGACAGAAUGGAUCUCUUCUCCGCACUUAUCAAAGGGCCCACACGCACUCCUUAUGAAGACGGCCUUUUCCUGUUCGACAUGCAGCUCCCCAACAUCUAUCCAGCUGUGCCCCCUCUCUUCCGCUACCUCUCCCAGUGCAGUGGGAGACUGAAUCCCAACCUGUACGACAAUGGCAAGGUUUGCGUCAGCCUCCUGGGGACCUGGAUAGGAAAGGGCACAGAAAGGUGGACCAGCAAAUCCAGCCUUCUCCAGGUGCUCAUCUCCAUCCAAGGUCUGAUCCUAGUCAAUGAGCCCUACUACAACGAGGCAGGGUUUGACAGCGACCGGGGCCUCCAGGAGGGCUAUGAGAACAGCCGCUGCUACAACGAGAUGGCCUUGAUCCGCGUGGUCCAGUCGAUGAUGCAGAUGCUGCGCAAGCCUGUGGAGGUCUUUGAGCACGAGAUCCACGAGCACUUCCGCUGCAAUGGCUGGCGCCUCGUCUCCCGCAUAGAGUCCUGGCUCGAGACCAACGAGCUGGUGGAAAGGAGCCACGAGCACCCCAAUGGGGCAGAUUCCUCCUCUCUCCUUUCUGCUUGCGGCACCCUGGCUGAGAGCCCCGUUGACACGAUGGGAUUGCAGGGCGAGUACGGCAGCCCCUUGGAGCAGGAGCUGGGGGCAGCAGCAGCGGCUGAAUUUUCUGACUUGGCACUAGAGGGGAAGGAGGAGCUAGAAGACUCUGGAUGUGGAGCCUCGACACUCGCUGCCAGCGACAGCCAUCAGUAUUCAGACUCCGAGAGUACGGUCCAGGCCAGGGGGCUCCCCCUCAUGAGAGACCUAACAGACGAGUGUAAAGUCACCCAGGACUCUGCCUCGCAGCCUAGUGUGAAACCAAAGAAAAGGAGAAAGAGCUACCGAAGUUUCCUUCCUGAGAAGAGUGGUUACCCUGACAUCGGGUUUCCCCUCUUCCCCCUGUCCAAGGGGUUCAUUAAAAGCAUCCGUGGUGUCUUGCAGCAAUACCGGGCUGCCUUGGUAGAGGCCAAUAUCCCUGAGUGGCGAGAGGACAAAUGAAACAGCGGGUUAGGGGCAGACAGACGCAGAAGAGAAGGGGAAAGUGGAGAGGAAAUCAGCACAUGCUGUUCCCAAUAAACUGGUGUUGCUCGUUCCCGGCUCUCUUCCCCAGCUUGGUGUGUUAGAAAGAGGGCAGUCGCCCAGACAGCUCAUUCCUACUCUUUAUUUCCCCAGCCCUUUCCCUCCGUUCCUCAUGCGCGUUGAUCCUGAAGUGUAAGGAGUCGAGUGCAGAGCAGUCGUGCAGCGGGGCCCUCCGCAAAGCGGCUCCGCUCCCUGGGUGCUAUGUCUGGCACUACCGUUCUGUUGGGAUGCAGCCCUCAAGGGGUGGCUACUGCGAUACCUGGUGCUGAAUGGCUGCAUCCUUCAGUGCCCUUCCCACAUCCUGUGUCUUUCGUGAAGUCUGCUUGAUGUGAGACUCUGAUUGCAUCCAAGUCUCCUGCUCCCGGCGGAGGCGCCUUCCUAGAGCUAGUCACGGAUGGAUUCUCAGCUCACCCGCGCCUGCGCAGAUGAAGUGCUGUACUGGCUCCUGUGCAGCCCUGAGCAAUGCCCUGCGGUUUCCCAUGGUCUUAACCCUCUGGCCUCUCUUCUAGAUGCGAGUUCUCCAAAUAGUACGCACCUUUCUACUCCCCCUCCCUCCCUGCUGGCACCAUCCCACCCAGCUGUGACCCUUCGAUAGGGAGCCCCGUGUGCACUGCUUCAGCUCAAGUCCAAUUGAUGAGCAGCAGAGGUGGAUCCAGGGUAGAUGAUGUCGCUCCGGCAGCUUCUGUGUGGAUGUUAAACCUUGUGCGGCUGACGCUUCCCCACCGCUGCAGCUGUUCCUCAGGCUAGCUCUGUGCCGGGAUGAGGGGGGUUUCACUCCUGCUGUGGCAGCAUGGGCAGCAGCAAGACACAGCCUCUCCCAAACACUGUGAAGCACUGCUCAUCACCACCCUGCACAGGUGGGAAGUGCAAAUCCCUCCGGCUGGCCUCCGACGGCCUGGAUCGGACCUGGCCAGCAGCAUUGGCGACCCUGCACGUACCUCCUUCCGCCCAUACGGUGGUGCCGUGUAGCUCUAGGAAACGGCGGGUGGGCCACACGCGUGUUAGCAGAGAGGGCUUUACCCUGAGCACUUGGACAGGGGUAUGACGACAGCAGCGACUGGCCUCAGCUUGCUGUCUGCUUCCUGCGCGCUGCAGGGGGCCCCCUCCAGCCCCAGCCCUGCUGGAUUUGGCAGCAGUCAAGCCUGCCGACCAGCUCCCAUCUGCCAUAGAUGAGACGUGCCAGUUUUCUGCUGCAGAGGCGGCCAGCUGGGUCCUGCCCAGCAUGUGAAGCUGGCUGGCGACGCUGGGCUUCCAAGCGGGAGGACUAACGAGGCCAGUAAAGACGAGAAAGGAGGCUUAAUUCCUCGCAGGAAACCCAAUCAGAUCCCUCCCCCCACUCUUGCGCCUGCCAGGGACUGUCUAGGUUCUAAGUCACAGCUGAGUGCAGAAGCAUGAGCCAGCAAUCUCGCCGCGUUGCAGCCUGUCCCAGCAGCCCUCCUGGUUUGAUGCCUCUACUGCAUGCUGUCUGCUUGGGUUUCACAACGGCCAUGUCCUGGCCCCAUUGAGUAAAUGCAGACUGGGGUAGGACCCCCCCGCUGGAGGAAUGUUACGGAGACUGGGUCUGCCCCACACUGGCUCUGGUCUGCACGUCAGCGCUGCACAGUGCCCCACGCGAUCACUCAGGAGAGCGGAGGGAGGCUGCACAGUACACUGCGAGCACAGCAGUAUUGUGGGGGUGGGUUUGGUGCGAGGCAGCAUUUCCUGAGCAAGAAAACAGCCUGGAAUGUAAAUGCAGGGCUGGGUGCUAAUUGGCAUUGUCGUGGGGUGAGUGAAGGCUCCAGCGCAGGGGUGGUUCCACACAUUGCUAGACGCUUUGCUCACCGUACUAAAGGGCAGACUGGGACUCAGACUCAUUUCCCUUUGUGUGUCACUGCAUUCCUCCUGAGACUCAGCCGCCUCUGCCUCUGCUCCCUGGGCCGGGACAGGACGAGGAGUUAACCAGCUGCUCAGUAGAAAGACACCAGUGAAAAAGAGAAUCUGCUCAUGUAUAUGGGGCUGUCUGGCAUUGCCCACCCACUCACAGCUCACUCCUUGUUUCUCUGAUCGUCUCCUGGGUGGAUGAAGGGGACUAGAGUAGCCACAGCAGCUAGCUGUGGGAGCUGAUCUGCUUGGAGGAAGGUGAGGCACCAUUGUUGGGAGCCAGCCUGACUCUGCCAGAUGAUUCCUCCUCCUUCCCCCACCCUUCCCAGAAGUCUGUUCAUCUAAUCCUAAUCAUAGAGGCUCCUGGAGCUCCCAGCUGGGAAAGCUCUGAUUGGCCUUCGGGGGGAGGGGCAGCAUCCUAUCCCCUAAUAGCAUUGCUGGAGCUUUCUUAGCUCUUCAUAGCUGUCUGGCCCUAACUGAAACGCGCACAGAGGUUUACAAGUUUUCUAAGCUUUUGAUCAUGUGAAGCUCCGGGUAUGAGACUGCUGUUCAGUACACUGCAGCUAUGUAAUUUUUUUGGUGUACGUAUGUAAUAUUUAAAGGUUGAAAACAAAACUUUAAAAGGCAAAACCUUAAAAAAAAGAUUUAAAAACACAAGCCAAAGCAUGAUGCAUAUUGUUAGCCUUAAAAGUGGCUACCUGGCUGUGCGAUGUACAAAAAGAGCAGCCUGUAACUGUUUUAAGUGCUGGGGAGGGGCGGGGAAGAAAUAUUACAAAAUCCAUUUGUAGCCUUGAUUCUGUACAGUAUUUAACACCAACGGAACUGACUAUUCAUGAGGCCAUGCUUAGAGGUGUGUUGUUCACGUGCAGAUGCGAAUGCUGGGUUGCUUCCCAUAUAUGUAUAAAGUGCUGUGUGACUAAAUUUUUUUUUACCUGCAAUUUUGUUUGUUUGGCUAAUUAAGAUGUAAUUAAAGGAGAAAAGGUGAUUUGCCAUUAAAUUUUGCCUCUGUGAAUAGC